CUCGCCAUGAAAGUGCAUGUUUUAUUGUUGAUGGCACUUCCUAUGUGCCUGGCUGAAUUUUCAAUCCAGGGGCCUAGCGACGGGCAUCGACGAGCCCAGGGUCUUAAGUUCAGUGAGGAGAAAGGAAUCGAAUACACAGAUGCAAGCGAAGGAGGGGGUGCUGGAGAUUUUACCAUUCAAGGGGCGACCGACGGUAACAGCAAUUUCAGGAUCCAAGGUGCUACCGAUGGGCACUCGAACUUUGAGAUUCAAGGGCCCACGGAUGGUGGAGCGGCUACUUUUACUAUACAAGGGGCAACCGAUGGACACAGCCAGUCCUUAAUUCAAGGACCUUACGAUGCUAAUCAGGGUAACGCGAAGGCGCUCGAAUACAACGAUCCUAGCGGUUACAGAGUAAACUGGAGAUCGUACGAUCGUCAAUCGCGUCCGGAAGCGCAGGCGGAACCGCAGUACGCACCGCAAGCCGCGGCACCAAUUCAGCAUCCCGCACCUCGACAGCGAGCGUAUCGGCCGCCACCACAAUCGCAACCGCAGCCGCAGCCGCAACCGCAGCAGCAAGUACAGGCCGCUCCACAUUACAAACCUUACUCCAAUGCACCGCAGCAAAUCCAACAACUGCUGCAAUUCCAGCAGCAGAUUCCAUACCUCAACGUAAUUCCGGAACCAUAUAGAUUCGACGAGGAGGCCGCGGUGCAGGCUCAGUCCCAGCAGGUCCGAGAGCAUCUCCGGCAGUUGGCUCAGGAAGCUGCGGCCGCGCCCGCACCCGCGCCGGUACAGGCGCCCACGUAUGCGCCGGACCGGCGUCCCAAGUCGCGCGGUCAAUCGAGAAGCAAACGUCAAACGCAUCCUCAACAGCAGCAGCAGCAGCAGCAGCAGCCGCAAUAUUCGACCAAUCUGCCAUCUCAUCUACGCGAAUUGCUCAGGUACCAAGCGGAGAUACCGCACAACAUCAUCGCCAAUCAGAUCGUGUAUCGUCCGGAUAAACCGUACGUACCGCAUUCCGUGGACCCACCGCAGCAGCAGCAGCAACCGGUACAGCAAGCGCAGUAUCAAGGUCAGGGUGGCGCUUACCAGACUCAAGCUAAUUCGUACACGCAGUCUCGUGUACAACCCGCGUAUGAUCCGGGCCAGCAGAAUCAGCAGCUUGGAUACAAUCAACAAUUUGGGUACAAUCAACAACUUGGGUACAAUCAACAGCAGUCUGGUAUACGACCCGUCUCUGAGAAUUAGUACUGA